GCUAAAGAUACAACAGAUCCGUAGGAGUGAUUGAUAGUAUCACAAAUGACAUGCUUGUAGCAAUCCUCCCUUGACAACACAGUUUACAAGUUUCCAAUUAACCAUAAACACUUUCUACGACUUUGCACUUUUUACAGAGCAUCUCACAAAUUCUACUUUGCGUGACCACAUAUCUCCCGCUCAUCCGCAGACUCUCCGGCGACCUUACUUACACCGCACCUCGACAUACAAACAAUAUCUGCGACCAUCUCUUGUUGCGAAUACUAACGAUUCACAAUGUCCGCGAUCCACCGUCCUGCCCACCUCACCCAUGCCGCCGCCAAAGUCGCCUCGGCCGCCUGCAUCGAAAAAGCCAAGGCGAUCAACGUCCCCAUGAACAUCGCCAUCGUCGACGCCUCACUGUACCUCUUACAUUUUGAACGCAUGCCUGGUGCGAAACUCACCUCCAUCGACAUUGCACAGAACAAAGCCUUCACAGCCGCCGGCCACCGCGCCCCGACGUCCGUGUACAAGGAGGCCGUGUGGCCUGGCGGCCCUGCGUUCGGGCUCAACAGCAGCAACGGUGGCCGCUUCAUGUACGUGGCAGGCGGUAUUCCGAUCGUCCUGGACGGCGAAGUCGUGGGUGCGAUCGGGUGCAGUACGGGGACGCCCAAGCAAGAUACCGAGGUUGCGCAGGCUGGGGUUGAUGCUGUUAUGGAACUUAUCAAGAAGACGAACACGACAAAAGCUAGGCUAUAAAAAGAAGAGUAACAAAGUUGUUCUUACGCACAAGGUCCGUGGAUACAUUGUAUGUGUUAUGAUACAAGAAGUUGAGGUGCGGAGUCUGGUUCUGUCGGUACCUUGUUGACAUCUGCAAGUCAAGGGAAGAGCAUUUGUGUCCCCUUAUGCAGGGUGAUACAUGGGUAUUGAUCUGAUCCGCCCGUUUGGAGAGACUGCUACUUUGAAUAGUGUGAGAACACAGAUCUAUGAAAGGGAGGCAAGGUGGCUACGCCUGGGCUCGUUAGCCUUCCCAUAUAAAGAAUUGAUGUGGGGGGACAAAUACUCCGUACAUGAAUGUAUGAAGAAAAUUUUACGAAAAAUUUGGUGAGUGAUACAUUGUUGGCUUGAAGACAACGUUCAAGUACGAGCACAGAAGCACGCUGGGGAAUGAACAACUGUAGGGCUCUUGAUCUGCACUCCGAAGCGAAAAGUUUGGCACCAAAUCCUUGAUGGGAUGUAGAUGUAGAAGGGCGAGAGGCUUGAGUAAGCAUGUCGGGGCAAGGUCUCUGCCGGUGAAACAGCGACAUCAGAGCGAGAUCAUCUUUUUUCUCCUCCCGCCCCAAGAAUAUAUACGUCUUCAUCGUGUCGGAAUAACAGUACUGUAGAGAGUCCAUAUACAUUUGUAUGGUAAUACAAGGGAGAGAAUUCUGCCUCAAGAGAAUAUACAUAAAGUGAUUGGAG